AUAUUAUAUUGACACUUGGGCAGAGUCGAAGCAGCCUUGAUGUGUUUUCAUUAGAACGACUGGUCAUAGGCAUCAUUCAUAUCUGAGUUGGGUUUUGGCUGAUCAUUUACAAAGUUUCAUCUUUUUCAACAAUUAGCUCAUAAAUUCAAGCGUUUUUUGUUCUUGAAGUAAAGAUUCUAACUUUGUAUGAUUUUGAUAGGUUUGGAAGUUCGUUAUGCCUAUGGAAAGCAGCAUAUCUAGGUUUUGACUGAUCAUUUACAAAGCUUUACUAUUUUCGGAAUUCGCUCCUAAAAAAUUCAUGGGUAUGAUUGGUUUUUAGAUGGGGUAUUGGUUCUUGGAGUAAAGAUUCUGACAUUGAAUGAUUGGUUUGGUGGAGUUUUGAGUUCUUUACAUUAUGGAAAGCAGCAGAGAAGGACAACUCACUGGGAAGGAAAUUCAUGGUUUCCGCACUCUGCAAGAUUUGGAUAUUCCCAGUAUAAUGAAAGAAGCGAAGAUGAGGUGGCUCCGACCAAACGAGAUACAUGCGAUAUUGUGCAACUACAAGUACUUCAACAUCUUUGUCAAGCCUGUAAACUUGCCACCAAGUGGCACAAUUGUGUUGUUUGAUCGUAAGAUGCUCAGGAAUUUUCGCAAAGACGGUCAUAACUGGAAGAAGAAAAAGGAUGGGAAAACUGUAAAAGAAGCUCAUGAACACUUAAAAGUUGGUAAUGAUGAACGGAUUCAUGUAUACUAUGCACACGGAGAAGAGCACCCGACCUUUGUUCGGAGAUGUUACUGGCUACUUGACAAGUCUUUGGAACACAUAGUCCUUGUUCAUUAUCGCGAAACUCAGGAGACACGGGGCUCCCCAGCGACCUCUGUUGCCAAGGGUUCUCCAGCCACCCCAGUUAAUUCUAGUUCAAUUUCAGAUCCAUCCGACCCAUCUGGUUGGGUUUUAUCAGAGGAAUGUAAUUCCGUUGAUGAACAGGCGUAUGGUGCCAGCCAACAUGCACAUUCAGAGACUAACAGAGAUAUGGUCACCAAAACUCAUGAACAGAGACUUCUUGAGAUUAAUACACUUGACUGGGAUGAGCUUUUGGCACCCAACGAUCCUAAUAAGCUAAUGGCAACUCAAGAAGUGGGAGGAAGAGCUUCAGUUGUUCAACAUAGUCAAUGUGAAGUUAAUGGUUACAGCCUCAAUGAUGGCUCUUUAUCUAUAUCAAGAGUACCUAUAGCAACCUUAGAAAGUUUUGUUGGCCAAGUGGCUGGAAGCAAUGAUGUAAAUUUUAAUCCUUCAAACGACAUGUCCUUCUGUUCCGGGGAUGGUCAGAUGACUUCAAAUUUUCGGAAGAAAGAAUCUGGAGUAACGACAGUGGGUGCAGGUGUUUCUUUUGAUAGUCUUAACAAGGAUGGUCUUCAAACUCAAGACAGUUUUGGACGGUGGAUCAACUACAUCAUCAGUGAUUCUCCGGGAUCUGCAGAUGAGUUGAUGACUCCUGAAUCUUCAGUAACUAUGGAUCAAUCAUAUGUAAUACAGCAGAUAUUCGACAUAACAGAAAUGUCUCCUUCUUGGGCUCUUUCAAAUGAAGAAACAAAGAUCUUAGUGAUUGGGAAUUUUCCAGGAAGGCAAUCACAACUGGCAAAGUCAAAUUUGUUCUGUGUAUGUGCAAAUGUUUGUUUUCCUGCAGAAUUUGUGCAGUCUGGGGUAUAUCGUUGUGUAAUUUCACCUCAAGCCCCUGGAUUGGCAAAUCUAUAUUUGAGUUUUGAUGGUAGCACACCGAUCAGUCAAGUCAUGACGUUUGAGUUCCGAGCUCCUUCAGCACAUAAAUGGACAGCUCCUCUGGAGGACCAGUCUAAUUGGGAUGAAUUCAGAGUUCAAAUGAGACUAGCUCAUUUGCUUUUCUCUACGUCUAAGAGCCUAAGCAUUUUUUCCAGUAAAGUACACCAAAAUUCUCUGAAAGAUGCAAAGAGAUUUGUUCGAAAAUGUGCCCACAUUACUGAUAAUUGGGCAUAUUUGAUCAAAUCAAUUGAAGACAGGAAAGUCCCUUUCAUACAUGCAAAAGACUGCUUGUUCGAGCUGUCUUUGCAAACCAAAUUUCAUGAAUGGCUGUUGGAAAGAGUUAUUGAAGGGUGUAAGACCUCAGAGCGGGAUGAGCAAGGUCAAGGGGUUAUCCAUUUGUGUGCUAUCCUAGGUUAUACUUGGGCUGUAUAUCCAUUUACCUGGUCAGGCUUAUCAGUGGAUUACCGGGACAAGCAUGGUUGGACAGCUCUUCACUGGGCUGCUCAUUAUGGAAGGGAGAAAAUGGUUGCGACCCUUCUAUCUGCUGGUGCAAAACCAAAUUUGGUCACAGACCCCAAUUCAGAGAACCCUGGUGGAUCCACUGCUGCUGAUCUUGCAUCUAAAAAUGGUUUCGACGGUUUGGGGGCUUAUCUUGCAGAGAAGGCUUUAGUUGCACACUUUGAGGAUAUGACCUUAGCUGGAAAUGUUAGUGGUUCUUUACAGACCACUACCGAACCUAUAAACCCUGGAAACUUCACAGAGGAGGAGCUGUAUCUAAAAGAUACUUUGGCUGCUUAUCGUACUGCUGCUGAUGCUGCUGCACGUAUACAGGCUGCAUUCAGAGAACAGUCAUUCAAAUUACAGACCAAAGCUGUUGAGUCUUUAAAUCCAGAGAUAGAAGCACGUAAUAUAGUUGCUGCUAUGAAGAUUCAGCAUGCUUUUCGCAAUUAUGAGUCACGUAAAAAACUGGCUGCUGCUGCACGAAUCCAAUAUAGGUUCCGGACUUGGAAAAUGCGGAAAGAAUUUCUUAACAUGCGGCGUCAUGCGAUCAAAAUUCAAGCCGUGUUCCGUGGUUUCCAAGAACGGAAGCAGUAUCGCAAGAUAGUUUGGUCUGUUGGGGUGCUUGAAAAGGCAGUCUUGCGAUGGCGUUUGAAGAGAAAAGGCUUUCGUGGUCUUCAGGUUCAAUCUAGUGAACCAGUGGAUAUCAAGCCUGAUGGUGAUGUGGAGGACUUCUUCCGAGCCAGUAGGAUACAAGCUGAAGAGCGUGUUGAAAGGUCUGUUGUACGAGUUCAGGCCAUGUUUCGUUCAAAGCGAGCACAAGAAGAAUAUAGUAGGAUGAAGUUGGAACAUAAGAAUGCUACACUGGAAUAUGAAAGGCUUCUCAAUCCUGAUAUCCAGAUAGGUUAAGAAGAUAAGAAACAAGUACAUCCCUGAAAUAUUUGGAGCUACAGAAGUAACCCGGGCAAAGAUCCACCUUCCUAAAAAGCAUUGUGAUAUAGCCCCUGCCCCCUCCCACAAACAUGAUCCCUAUAGAACGAAAGACUUGCCCGGUCGUAGCUACUGAGAAAUAUAGGUUGUGUGCUUAUUUUGCAAAUCAGUUUGUACAUAGGUAGAGAUGUUGUAAAUUGGUAGAUUGUGUAACCAUUGAAGCUUCGACCCUCCAAAUGUUUUAGAAAAGUGUGGGUUGGCACUCACAGUUACCUUCUAGAGGAGUAACAGUGACAUGUUGUAUCUGUGGUUGUGGGAGGUUAAAGCUUGCUAUCAGCGGGCGUCUUGCCUGACCAGGAUGUCAAAUAUCUGCAGUAUUGAUUUCAUAAUAUGUAAUGUUUGAUUA